AUGCAAAGCCACUCUUGGAGUCACUCUCAGCACACCUUUCAGGCGAUGGAUGAAGUUAUCGCUGGGGAUAUGGAGGAUAUCCAGCGUAUCAAAGCCCAAAUCGAAGCAAAGAAGCAGGAGCUAAGAGCUCACGAAUCUCGGGGACGAAAUCUACUCCACAGUCUCGAAAUGAACGUUGCCCUCAAGCAGGCGAACGAAAUUCAGAGGGUUGCCCUUCGAGAUGCACUCGACGUUCUCGAAUCCCUCUCGGAGAGUACCGCAACGAAUCAAGGCAGGGGAGAUUCCUCUUAUAAACGCCACCAAAAGCUAUCAAACGACACCAAAGUCGCCAAGAGGAAACUCGAUAUAAAAAUUCGUGGCAUCAACCGGGCCAUACUGACCUUGGACGCACAACACGGUGAUAUUAAGGGGGAGAUGGAGGAGCAAAAGACAUCUCUUGAAGCAUGUCGCUGUGUUCUCGAGAUGAAAGAGCGAACGUUGCAGAACCGAGAGCAGUUGUUGAGGAACAACCGAAACCUCCGGAACCCCAUUCAUCUCAUAAGCGACGAAGUACUUCAGGAGAUCUUCCUCAUUCGUAUCCGUGAGGAUGAGGCGGCUUUCGAGGCGUCUCGCCGGUUUGGCUCGCCGCCCUUUACCGCGCUCACAUUCUUCCUGGUUAACAAGAAAUGGCGGUCCGCUAUCCUAAGAAGGCCGUCGCUUUGGCAAUAUGUCGCUAUUCCGAGGUCGAACCAUCUCACCCAGGCUCAGGUGGACCGCCUUCUUCACUACCUACAAUAUGUGGAGAACCUCCCACCCAUUGUAUACACAUACAUUCCGGAGAAAACCCCCAAUGACGCUCCCUAUGAUUUCUCCUCGGUUCUCGCAUCGCUCCCUCCAUGCCAGACUUUGGACCUCCACAUCGAGGGGAGUCAUCCUCCCGAACAAGACUUUAUCAUACCAGCCCUAGCUGAUGCAUCCCCCCACGCCGAUACUCUUCGUCUAAUCAACACGCGCCUUUCUACACCUGGUCGACCAUUCUCUUGCGAGGUUCCUGCCUCCGCGGUCAAGCACGUCUCCUCUCUUUAUGCCAUCGAUGUAUCCAUAGCGCUACCAGCAAGAAGCGUGGUGGAACAGGUCAAUAUGCUGGAAAUCAAGUCGCUCACCAUCGCCGGCACUUUCACCACCAAGGACUUACAAACCGCCCUCGUACACCUAGAGAGGCUGGAAGAGCUGCGCUUGGAUGGGGCCCACGUCGUAGAGAAUCAUGGCGAUACUCGCGUCCGUUCGCCCCUAAUGUUUGUUCGAUGCACGCUCGUCCAAUAUUCUGUCCUGCGCCGUACUUUCGCCAGCAAAAACUGGCAAAGACUCGAGCUCUCUGCUCAAGAUGAAAGGCUUACGCUCUUUUGGGUGAACACGUUUAGUAAUAGCACAGCGGAAUCGGGCAUCCUCUCCUUGACAAUCGCCGAACCCUCAGCGGCAGUAUCGACGGACGACUUUCACGACAUGCAUCGAGCUGCGCUUUUGCAUUUCAAAGAGAUCACUUGUUUGACUUUAUGCGGUGAUCAUGGGAUUAGGGGAUUGGGGAAGACACCGAAUCAGGAGAUCCCGCUCGCACGCUUGGAGACGGUGAAGAUACUCAACCGAGAUGUUGGGAGUGAAGUCAUGGAAGAGUUCAAAGCUCGCUUUUUUACCUUUCAUCGUCGCCCAGUCAAAGUUGUAGAAGAGAUUGGGCCGAACAAUUAG